AUGCUGUCACAGAAGCUCCUCAUCGUCUCCAUGGCCAUUGGCGCAGCUGUUGCCGGUGUUAUCACCCAUCCCAGGGAUACACCAAAGACCAACUUAUUGGCCAAGGAUUCCUAUGAUACUAGCGACUGGGGAAGCGACUUGUGCGACAUGGAAGAAAACAUUAAGCGCUCUACGACCAACUCAUUGGCCAAGGAUUCCUAUGACACCAGCGACUGGGAGAGCGACAUGAGCGAUCUCGAGUGA